AUGAACAAGAGCUUGAAGGCAGCAAAGAAAAUGAAGGGAUUCAUGUGCCAUUCUCCUGUUUCUACUGCAAUGUGCAUGAAUGAAGAUUACAUGUCUGUGAUCGUGCCAAGAAGGCUGGACAAGAAGAUUGUUGAUCGUGCAAAAUUAAUCAACAAUGCAAAAUACAUUCGAUUAGGGGAGCCGUGUAAAGUUUCUACAACUGAUCAUAGGAGAUCGAUCGAUGUUUCUGCCUUGAAAAAAGAUAAAGAAAAAGAGCAUCAAGAAGUUUCUUCAAUAGCAGCAUCGUAUCAGGUGGUGGUAAUGAGAGUCUCUCUUCAUUGUCAAGGCUGUGCUGGUAAAGUGAAGAAGCAUUUAUCCAAAAUGGAAGGGGUAACAUCAUUCAGCAUCGAUUUGGAGAGCAAGAGGGUAACCGUAAGGGGGCACUUGUCACCAUCUGGUGUACUGGAGAGCAUAUCAAAGGUGAAGAGAGCAGAAUAUUGGCCCUCUUAA